UAGGAGGAGAGAAGAGGAGAGAGCGGGAGGGUAGGUAGUAGUGUGUAUGAGACUGUCAGACAGCAUGGUCUGGGUCUGAGGACAGCACUGGAAGACGCAGCAACAACCUCCAGAUCUCCAUGUAGACCAGAGUGGUGACAUCCACAGAUCACCUGGACCUGUCCACCCAUCAGCACCCACCCAGGACAACACCCAUACCUUCCAAAAAACACAAGAGGAAGAGGAGCCAGAGGAGGACGAGGGGGUGGGUCUGUUUAUGUUCUUUUUUUUUUUCUUUUUUCUAGUUUUUUGGUUUUGGGAGUAGGCUCCGGGCUGGACCGCAUGCAUGACACAACGCAAAGGCGAGAAACCCACCAUCAGCAUCCAGGAGCACAUGGCCAUUGACGUGUGCCCUGGCCCCAUCCAGCCCAUCAAGCAGAUCUCUGACUACUUCCCCCGUUACCCGCGGGGCCUUCCCCCUGCUGUGCCCCACCAAGUGGGCCACGCCGGGUCCCUGCGCUCUGCCCUCUCCACCUCCUCAGCCUCUGCCUCUGCCUCCCCCAACGCCGAAAGUGACCGCCCCGAUGAGGAUAACCCAGACCGGGCUUGUGCCGGAGCCUCCGCCUCCUUGCAGGCCGCCAAGAGAGAUGAGGAGCCUGAUGUUGAGGGAUACGACUCAGAUGACUCCACCACACUGGGGACCUUGGAGUUCAGUUUGCUGUAUGACCAGGAGAACAAUGCACUGCACUGCACCAUUAAUAAAGCCAAGGGGCUCAAGCCAAUGGACCACAAUGGGCUUUCAGACCCUUAUGUCAAGUUGCACCUACUGCCUGGCGCCAGCAAGGCCAAUAAACUUAGAACCAAGACCCUGCACAACACACUCAACCCUGUCUGGAGCGAGACCCUGACCUACUACGGAAUCACUGAUGAGGAUAUGGUCCGCAAAACACUCAGGAUUUCAGUGUGUGAUGAGGACAAAUUCCGCCACAACGAGUUCAUCGGGGAAACACGAAUCCCCCUCAAGAAGCUGAAGCCCAACCAAACCAAGAACUUCAACAACUGCCUGGAGAAACAGUUACCUGUUAACAAGACAGAAGACAAGUCACUGGAGGAACGAGGACGCAUCAUGAUUUCACUUAAGUACAACACCCAGAAGUCUUGCCUUGUUGUUGGCAUCAUACGCUGUGCUCACCUCGCCGCCAUGGACGCCAAUGGCUUCUCCGACCCUUAUGUCAAAACGUACCUGAAGCCUGACGAGAACAAAAAGUCAAAGCACAAGACUGCUGUGAAAAAGAAGACGCUCAAUCCCGAGUUCAACGAGGAGUUCUGUUAUGACAUCAAAUAUGCAGACCUCACCAAAAAGACCUUGGAGGUGACCGUGUGGGACUACGACAUUGGCAAGUCCAACGAUUUCAUAGGUGGCGUAUCUCUGGGUAUCAAUGCAAACGGAGAGAGGCUCAAACACUGGUUUGACUGCCUCAAAAACAAGGACAAGAAAAUAGAGCGCUGGCACACGUUGACCAAUGAAUUACCUGGUUCAUUAAAUGACUGAAGACCCGCAUCCUGUCGUCCUACCUGUCGGCCCCCGUCCCUCCCUUGCUGUACCAGAUAGGAUAGGCCUUCGUUUUCCUAUCUCCUCCCAGCUCUUCUUCUCUGGAUUUUCCUCGUGUUGGCUACAGUGACCUGUGACACCUUUUUUGGGAAUAUCUUUCCCCUCAACAGGGCUCAACUGAAAAUAUUCAAAACCUUAUUUUUGUGUUCAACAACACUUUCACAUGUACAAUCAGUCCCUCCAGGAAAUCGCCAUCUUGUGAUCACAGUAACUAAUGCAAAUUCAAUCAAUCUCUGCAAUAUUUGUGGGGGCUUGCAAUUUUGCAAAGUUCCUGCAAUUUCUCAGCAUUAAAGGUACUACAGGGAAGAUUUUGACAUCAAUAUAUCAUCAUAAAUUUAACGUCCAUACCUUGCGAUGAGAAUGAAAGAUAAGUCCAACAUGUCCAUCAAUAUGCCCUAUUUUAUAUUGAUAUUGUGUGCGACCAGGUCAGACUCACAGGAGUUCUGCUGAAGGCAUCAAAACAAACUCCAUGCCAGGGGGCAAAAACAGCAAAACAGGAAGUGAUGAGGUUUAGGGGAGAUGUGGUCUAAUCAUGAGAAUUAGGCUACCAAUUGUCGCACUUCCCUGUGUCAGUUCAAUCAAAACAACCAAUGUGACAUGUGAUCGCAUCAGGCAUUCAGGGGAAAUAACACGAUGAAGAAAGUGCAAAUUUGCAGUAACUUUGCAAAUUGCAUUGCAAUUUUUGAGAAAAGCCACUGCAAAAGCAAGUAUUUUUGAUCACAACAAUCAAAAAAAAAAACUCAGCGAAAUCCUGGAGGGACUGUACGAUAGGGGUUGCACUGCUGCUCAUUUAUUUUUCUUUUAAGAGAAAUUCAAUCAACAAAAUGAAUGGUGGGCAUUGUAAUGUUCAAUUUCAAGCUUCAUAAUUCUGAUUUCUUGUAUGAUCAGUGAAGAUGAAAGGAACAAAUGUGUUCUAUUCAAUUAGAUCUUUUACAGCAGCUACCUUAUUUAAUUCACCACAGGAGAAAAGUUAGCAUAUGCUAACUUUGUCAGCACAAAUAUAAAACAGAACUUCAGGAGGCGAGGUAAAAGAGUGGAGCUUCUCACAAAGGAUGUAGCAAACUUUCAUACAUUUAGAGAAUGCAGAAAUGUUUGGUGGAAUAGUUCUCAUCUUCUCAUAUAAACCUCCAUUUAAAACUAUUCAGUCAGCUUAACACUAAUAUGUCUGUGUUGUGGAGGAGCAACUGAAUAAACAAAUCAGCCACAGCUUUUAAAUGAAGAUGUUGCACUUUAAUAUGAUUGUAAAACUGUUAAUAGCACAGCAACAACAAGCACUUUGUUGUAGGCUGGUGUUUUCAUCACUUUGUUUUUAGUCAUUUGGCCAGGUGAGAACAACGUAAUAGGACAUCUGUGACAAAUAACGUAAAACCUUAAAAUACUGCACAAAUUAAGACCUCAAUAUGCUUCAAACAAACUAUGUAGAGACAUAUUGUCUGCCAGAGACUGUCCUCUGAGAAAAACAACUUAAUCAGUUGUCCCAGUAAAUGUCCAAAUAACACAUUAUGUCACGUAAUAAAGACCUCUAGCUGCCGGAGGAAUUACAAAUAUUGGCCGUCAGAGGGAAAGAAGUUAAAAGUAAAGUUGUUAAAGAGGCACAAAGUCUGCAGACGGAAGAGGUCAAGAUGGUUGGAUGGGUCAACAAAAUGUCAGACUGUGACGACUGCUGCUUCCCGUUUCUUACCAGCAGUCAACAUUAUUUCUUUUAAUCAUGACCACUAUCUUUAACCAAGUCAUUUUUGUGCAUACACCUAACCAAACCUUAACUAUACUGAUAUCACAUCAGAAAAUCACUUUUGAUGGUUUUGGAAGACACUAACAAAUGACGUCGCCCUGUCGACAGGGGCCUCAGAUCAAGUGUAUAUAUGUGUGUGUCAGCCUGGAUGGUAAUUUAAAAGAAUGUAUUUUGUAAUUUAAUUUGGAAGUUUUGUUGGUUGGAUCACGUCUAAAGUCUAACAGUGUUUAAACCUUUUCCCACACACCCCACUGCCUUCUCAGUCUCUCUCCAAGAAUUGUGUUUUGUCUCAACACGAUGACUUGUACAAAUUGGAUAGCAGCACACACUUUCAGAGGUUACGCUCAUGAUGCACACACAAGAAAUGCGACCAAAGUAGUUGUAUGAAGAAUAAAAAAAACGGGCAUGAAAGAGAAGUUAAAACCCUGCCUUACUAUCACACCUCCAUACACCCGGCCAAUUGCUGCGUAAGUGGGCAUUCGGAUUGAAAUCUGUCUUGGUUUACAAAAAUGCAAGGGGCUGCGUUAUGGGGGACGUUUUAAAAUUACAAUCCAGGGAACCAUUUCACAAAAUAUAUUCCAUUUGCGAACACUGCAUACAUGUAUCAUUUGCAAAUGGUGACAGUGUCCUGUUUCACAAAAGAUUGUUGAUCACAAAUUGCUGAUAAAUUUGUGAGUGCUACAGUCCAACCACAUGGAUCACAAGUAUGGUGCUUCUUUUGAUUAGUUACAUGUGUCAAAACUGACACAAGAGAAAAUUAUCUCAUGUUGCAAGUUUGGUGAAACUGACCACUGGAAGUUCAUUGAAGGCUUAUCAGAAGACAAAGCACUGCACAGCAAUUUAUCUUACGAGGAAGGAUUUAACAUAUAAUCGUUUGUUGCGACAUUCGCCAGGUAAAGAGUAGACAUGCAGUGUUCAUGUUACAAAGUAAUCUACCAGGAAUGUGCGCUUUCAUGUAUUCGAUUGGUCAGACGACAUCAGCACUUUGGCAGAUGAUGUCGUGUUGUAUUCAACCUUUUUCAUGUAGUGCUGUUUUCCUCUCACCGACUCCCUUUCUGAUAUGACAAGCACUUUGAAGUAUACCUUCGGUCCUCGUAAACUGCAGUGCAAUUUGUUGGGAGUGAGAAAGUACCAUAACCACACCCAAAAACGAUUAACACAGACCAACCCCAAAAUUCAAGGCUGUAUGAGUAUAAGGAGACAGAUGUUGGCAGUUAAUAGCCAUAUGUUCUGCUUAGAGGAUUUUAGGACGACUGAUGCUCAUCUAAUUGCUGCAGGAUGACAGGUUACCAAAUUUCUCUCCAAUAAACAAACUGUUUGGCGAGUGUGAACUAAAUGAACCGAUACAAAAAUCUAUUUUGCUUAACUCAUCCUCGAGGCUACUGACAGUAAACAUUCAUGAUUCCCAUGAUUCCCUGUUUGUAUCUGUAUACACAAAGGUGUCAUAGUGCCACCUUUUUGGAUUCCUCACUGAUAUUUCAAUGCAACCCCUAAACUAUAGAGCUGCCUAGUUUUGUGGUGAUCCUAAUAUCAAGGUUUCACAAGUGUUUGGUCCAUUCAGUCACUCUAUCCAGACUUUAAAAUAGCUACUUACGCAUUUACAGUGCAAAGGCAAAGGAGAGCUAAAUCAGAAAUGCAUUUUGAAAUGGGUCAUGUGCACAAGGCUGGCUGUCUGUCUCUGCUUCAAACUCACUUACAGAUUUCUUAAGAGUAAGUACGUGAAAUACCAGGGAUUUGGACAUGAUACAGUGUCUUUCAAAUGGCUGUGCAGGGUGUUAGCAGAGUCCCUCUGAGUAAGAUUGGAACAGACAUUCAGCCGAAUGACUGCAAUAAGAGCAUAAUAAUGCUGUGAGUCUGUGAAUAGUCCGAAAUUGAAGAGGGCUAUGGGUGUAAAACAGCUGCACAGUAUGCACCUGAUGGAUGACAUGUUGAUAAUAUCAGCACAGAGGUGGAAACAUUCCCAGUCACUGUACAGAGCAAUCACAUCAUAUUGGCUUACUUUACUGGGUAGACGGUAAAGAGCCUACUUGAUAGAGACCAGCUGUAAUCAACAACAGAAUAUUGUUGAUUACAGCUGGAAAGUUCAGUGGGUGACCCGCCUGGCGCAAAUCACUUGUCAAACCACAAUAACACAUGAUUGGGCAGCUUUAUGGUGUGCGUGUGUGUUUGUGUGUGUGUGUGUGUGUGUGUGUGUGUGUGUGUGUGUGUGCAGCUUAUUGUUUACACUGGACAAAAUUAGUUUCCACACAAAAAACUCACUGACGGCAUUUUCAACUGUAAUGUGGAUGAAAAUGUACCUUCUGUAUGUCAAAAGGGCCGAAUUUUAAAAAUGGAAAGUUUACGUCAAAUAAUAAAAAAAAAAAAAGUAACAAAAGCAUGUAUUGUUUACAACAGCCUAUUCUUGCUGAAGUUCAAGUUUGCUGCUGAAAGGGCAAACACGCCCUUGCUAAAGUCACUGCGAUUGUUCAAUCGUGCAAUGCAAGCUUUGCUAAGGUGGGCAGAGGUGAGAAGGGCAGAAUUUUUAAUAUAAUAGCCUUUUCAACAAUAUAUGUUAAAUAUAAUAGUAUGUAUAUUGUUACUAUGUUGUUGCAUAUGUUGAGGGUUUUUUUAUGUAAGCAGCUCCACUAUAAAUGUAUCAAACAGAAUGUACAUGUUUAACCCCUUCUAUUCCACAGUAACUCCUCUGAGAAUGUGCACCUUAGUGCUCCAUGUCGUUGAUAUUGUCCAUAUGUCAAAUCUGAAGUUCUGUAUUUGGGCACACAUAUUUGGGAAUAGAGAUGGUUGAACUCACAACCCAGGAGCAAACUACCAGGGGCUAUGUCCAACAAGUCAUAUACUAAGAUAACUAAACUUUUACUUCGACUUCUCUUAGCCUGUUGAAUUAUCUAUGUUUUUUUUUUCUUCUUCUUUUCAAUAAUAUAUGUUAAAGUUUCAUACCCUUAUGCCAACUUGAGUUGUCCUCAUGGAUCCGUAGGCUGGGAUGCAUGCCAUGUAUUUGUGAUUUUAUCAGUAUGAUUUUGCAGUAUGAUCUUUUCCGCAUGCCCCCACACUCACCUUUCUUGUAAAUUUGAACCGUGCACUGACUGGUAACACAGAAACGCCAUACAAAUAGUCCUUACGUAAUGUUCAGGAUUCCUGUCAGGCUUGCAAUUCAGCUAUCGGCUUCUUGUCAUUACCUCACGUCACUGUAAGUGAUAGGCCGGGCAUGAUUGUUCUUAGGAGCAUGUCGACUCUGUCAGUGUGGCUGGCUGUUUUUAUAAUCAUUUUAUCUCACUCAUUACAGCUGUUGGCUCUUGAUGAACAGCCCUAAUGUCCAUUUGUUAUAUUAUUUAAUCCUUUGAACCCAUAGUUUUAUUAUUGACAAAGUGUUAUUUGACUUAUUACAUUCCGUUUAUUUAGGGAAAAAUAUUUUAAUGGUCCCAGACCUUCAAAGCUGUGGAAUGAAGUGUUUAAUGCAUCACAUCAGGCCUCACAUCUCCAUUUUAUUUAGGUGUUAACAGCCUCUUCAACCACAUUGACUUGUGAGGCACAAACCAGCUGUGAAACCUUGUUGACAUCUCAAUAUACUCCUUUACACAACAGUGAUCUCUCUCUCUCUCUCUCUCUCUCUCUCUCUCUCUCUCUCUCUCUCUCUCUCUGAUGAAUAUGUAAUGAAUACAACCAACAUGUGAUUUUGAUUUUGUAAUCUGUCUGCCUUUGUAUGCAAGCUCAAUAUUAUGAAAAAAACACAACUGCAUGCGUAUGUUCUUGGUUUUGUCAUGAGAUGACUUUGCCUAAUGUUUGAUACUGUUUUCUGUAUAAAAAAAACACAAAAUACACAACUGUGGAUGCUCUAAGAUUAUGCUAUAAGUCAGUCUUUCUUCUGGACAACAUUUUGUACCUUUGAACACUAUCGCAUUGCCUGUUUGGCUGCUGUAUUGACUAUCUGGAAGCGUGACUUGAUGUGAAUUAAAAUCUUUCCUUUGUUGUUUGGUUUCCUUUUUAA